AUGCGCCGCGUCCCCAACCGUGCGUCGCCGGUCGCCGCGAGUCCCAUAGGAACGGGCCCAGCCGAGAACCAGCAAGCCGCCACAGCACAUAUGACCAUCAACUUCUACGGCAACCCAGCCGGCGGCACCUUCGGGAUUCCCAUGGCUGGUUACCCAGCGGGCUACCCAGCCGCGGGCUACGUAACGGCCGCCGGCCAGCCUUACUGCUACGCCGCUGCUCCCGCUGCGUACGCCGCUGCUCCCGCUGCGUACGCCGCUGCCAUGCCUGCUGCCACACUGGUGGGGGCACAGCCGGUCGCGUACGCAACAGCCACACCUGCCGCCGCUCCUGCCACCACGCAGACGGUCACAUACGCUGUGCCUACCGGCCAGGCGGCUGCUGCAUACCAGUACGCGUUCGCCAUGCCGCAGCUGCAGCAGUCCAUCUCCACGGCCAGCGUGUCCAGCACGCACUCCGUGCGUACGCUGCCCUCAACGUUGCUGAGACCGGCGGUGACCGUGCCCGUGGCGGCGAGCGCGCCCGUUGCAGUGCAGCCCGCUAUGCGCGUCUCUUCCGUGACCAGAGUGCGAUCACUGCACCCAACCUUGGGCUGA